AUGGAGCGGAAACUGGCUUUAGGUCUUCAUCAGUCAAUCCAAACAAGAGGUGCAGGGAGGAAUGAAAGAGAGGUGGGCAGCACUCGGACGCCCAGACAGAGGGAACCGCCCCGGGAUGAGGUUAGGGUCCCGGGGCCAAAGAAUAGGAGCCCCGGGAGGCGGGCGGGGUGCAGUCGGAAGCGGGCUGACUCCUGCCCCCGCCGCCGGCUGCUUCUGCUGAGGAGGGUUGGGGGGGAGAGCGGGUGGGUCCCCCCGCGCGACGGCCCCCGCAGGGCUCAAGGCUGCUCCGUCUCCCCCCCUCCCCCCCACCCGGCUUCCCGUCCCCGCGGCCGCUUUCUCCUCAGUCGCUGCCGGCCGCUUUCUCCUCAGCCGCCGCCUCCUCCUCAGCCGCCGGUGCCGCCGCGGCCGGACUCACCUCCCCUAGCAAAGCCGGAUAGAGCGGAGCCAGCGGCGGACACGCGCAACCAGCCACCGAGGCCCCGCCCCCGCCUCACACUGACCGGCUGCCCUAGCCAAUCCACGCCCACCUGUCUGCGUCUGCCUCCAAUCCUGGGCCCGGAGCUUCAGACAGGCGCACUGUUCGGCCAGUGGCAACAAGGAGCAGGAAGCUGCGUGCUAAUCCCGCCCGCAAAAGCUGGAAGAGAGGGUGGAAUAAAAGAACCAAUCAUGAGCCGGGGACCAAGAACAGAACAACCAAUCCUUGGCUUGAAGAUGAAGUGGGAAGGGACCGGGGCCAGAUAGACACUAGAUUUGACAAAUGGAAAAAACGAUUGAUCUCGGUCCCACCCUUCAGAUCUCCUAUAGGUCAGGAUUGUGGAGAAUUCACUGUCGUAUCAGCGGCGACCUCUUUGGGGGCGGGGCCAAAUAAAGGGGGUGUGGUCUAAAGAAAGGGGGCGGGACUGAGAUGAAGAAGGCGGAGUCCCAAUCAUAGAUGGUCCUUUGAUACGAGCCAUAUCCUAUCCCUUUUUAAGUCAUCAAGUGUGGAGAAGAAAUAGGGGGAGCAAAAAGGGAUGUCGAACUAACAAAACUCAAGGUCCAAGGUUACUCAACAAGACAGUCACAGAAGAAACUCAGUAGACUGAUGGUUCAUAGCCUAUGGCUGGUCCUCCAUGGUUGAUUCUGAUCUUGGCAAAAAGAGGUGCUGUCUCCAGCGUUCACAACUCCACUCUCCAUGGAUAAUAAGGCUCUCCUUAAAUUAAAUACAAAUUAAAUACAAGAUAUAAAUUAAAGCAACAAGAGUAAUAAACUCAACAACAAAGAUCGUAAUUUUCUCCUGUAUUUUCUAAGUUUUAGAAAAUUGAAAUCUUACUAAAAUAACCUUUCGCUAUCACAUAACCUCACUUAUUUGAAUUUACUUUUCUUUUAAAAUAUGAAAUAAUAAGCUUACAGAACCUUGCCUUUAUGAAAUCUUCACUCAGAACCCUGGAGAUCAUCUUUGAUUUCUCUUUGCCUGCCCCACUCCUUCCCUUCUAAUCAAU